UCAAUUCCGAGCCGCACGGGGGCGCUACAACAAUACUCCACGAAAAUGGCAGCUCUUCGAAGAACUUUGCAGAGUUUGUGCAGAAUAUCACGGGAAAAGAGCUCAACGCUUCGACGUCUGCCCAGUCAGAAUGCAGCAAUCGUGUGCAGGAAUGCAUCUGCUUGGACAUUUGUUCCAGACUCGCCCCCAGAUACUCUCGGGGAGACAACAAAGAUGAACCUAUUUCAGUCAUUGACUAGUGCCAUGGACAUUGCCCUGAGUACUGAUCAGACAGCAGUCAUCUUUGGAGAGGAUGUUGCAUUCGGUGGAGUGUUCAGGUGUACAGUUGGACUAGCUGAUAAAUAUGGCAAAGACCGAGUGUUCAACACCCCCUUGUGUGAGCAAGGCAUCGUGGGCUUCGGUAUCGGCAUGGCGUCCGUCGGUGCGACAGCUAUUGCAGAGAUCCAGUUUGCCGAUUAUAUCUAUCCAGCUUUCGAUCAGAUUGUGAAUGAAGCCGCCAAGUUCCGGUAUCGCUCUGGCAAUGUCUUUGACGUCGGAGGUUUGACGAUCAGAGCGCCGUGGGGGGCUGUGGGCCACGGGGCCCUGUACCACUCACAGUCACCUGAGGCUUUCUUCUCCCACGUACCGGGCAUAAAGGUUGUGAUACCCAGGAGCCCCAUACAAGCCAAGGGCCUCCUGCUGUCCUGUAUACGAGACAAGAAUCCCUGUAUAUUCUUCGAACCCAAGGUCUUGUACCGAGCAGCAGUGGAGCAGGUCCCUGUCGGAGACUACAUGAUACCGCUGGAAGAGGCAGAAGUACUGGUGGAAGGGAGCGAUGUCACUCUCGUUGCCUGGGGCACCCAGCUCCACGUCAUGCACGAGGUCGCCCGAUUGGCCCAAGAGAAACUGGGCGUGUCUUGUGAGGUCAUCGACCUGAAGACGAUCGUACCUUGGGACGCGGAGACAGUUUGCAAGUCAGUUAAGAAGACUGGCAGGCUACUCGUGGCACACGAGGCCCCUAUCACUGGAGGUUUUGCUGGAGAAGUGGCCGCUACAGUUCAGGCCGAGUGCUUUCUUCAUUUAGAGGCCCCGAUCCAGCGGGUUUGCGGCUACGACACCCCCUUCCCGCACAUCUUUGAACCCUUCUACCUACCCGACAAAUGGAGGUGUCUGGAGGCAGUGAAGAAAAUGAUUAACUUCUGAGGCUUGCUAGGACUGACCCACUAUCAUUAUAGAUCACCCUCCCCCAAGAAGGUUGAUGUUUUGCAAGCCUGAACAUGGUCAUUGGCACCCCUUUAAAAGUUCUGCUCCAGAAUUUUGAAACUUCUACGAAGGAUGGCAAAGUUAGCGCGAACAAUAGUCGGAAGGUAACCCUCCUAUAUAACAGGUCAGGCACACAGUGACUGAACUUCGGAGGCAUCCGUUUAAUGGGUCUACAAGAUGCAAUCAUGUGGUACUUGAUGUUCUUUAAAAUGUUUUUACCAUACAUUCAUGGUCAGACGUCCUGUUUGAUCAUGCCAUUGUGCAAGAAAAUAUGGGGGCUUCCCGGAUCUCUCACAAAGUUUGGUUUUGUGCUUAUAGUUCGUAAAAGUGUCAAACGUGUAAAAGUCUGUCGCACUUUUGUCACCUGAUUUUAACUCUAGCAGUGCCCAACUUGGGCAACAUUAAAUUGCCAGGGCCAAUUACAUCACCCACAGUCUCUUCUGUUGAUGAAAUAAGAUCAUGUGACCAUAUCUGGCAAACUACUUCAUUACAAGAAAUAACAAACAAAAAGUUUAACUUUCUAGCCCAUGUGGUACAUAACUCCCUUUAAAUUUUGGUCAGAUUUACUUGUCCAAAACAGAAAAUUGUACACCCUAAAUUCAAUGACACUUCACAUAUUUUUAUAUAAAGCACAGCUGGGGUUAACGUUACAAGUACAGUGGUUGUGUAAGCCUCUAAAUAUGGAAGAAACGUGACCUACAAGCACUGCAAAUAAACGGCCAGACUUGAAA